AGUUGACAGUAGAAUUAUUUUAUUAGUAAGUAUGUAGUAAGUGAUGAUGAGGGUUAUCGUUUGAUUACAAAGUUUUUGUUAAAAAUGUCCACUUUAAUGUGGUCGUGUCCAUGUUGCCUUCGGUUUAAAUUCAGUCCCGAAGAACUUGAACAACGCUACAAGAGCCACGAAAUCGACAAAAUUAUCGAAAAAGACAGACAAGCUAUGAAAAGACAGGUCAAACUCCUCUUGUUAGGCGCUGGGGAGAGUGGGAAAUCUACUUUUCUAAAACAAAUGAGGAUAAUUCAUGGUAUUAAAUUCGAAAACUAUUUAGUUAAGGAGUACCAACAAGUGAUUUAUCAAAAUUUAGUUAAAGGUAUGAAAGUGCUCGCGGACGCUAGAGACAAGUUGGGGAUACAGUGGGGAGAUAGUAAUAACGCGGAGUACGGUAAAAAAUUACUCGAAUUUGAUGGUAAAUUAGUACUGGAUUCGAGGAACUUUAGUCAAUUCUGUCCUAUUUUAUCUAAAUUGUGGAAAGACAGUGGUAUAAGAAGGGCGUAUGAACGCAGAAGGGAGUUUCAGUUGAGUGAUUCUGUAGAAUACUUUCUCAACAAUCUAGAUCGAAUAUCCCGACCGGAGUAUAUUCCAACAAAUCGAGAUAUUCUCCAUUGUCGAAAAGCUACCAAAGGUAUCACAGAAUGCGUGGUACCCAUUAACGGUAUCCCGUUUCUUUUCGUCGACGUCGGAGGACAGAGAUCGCAGCGACAAAAAUGGUUCCAGUGUUUUGAUUCAGUUACUUCCAUCCUAUUCUUGGUAUCUUCAUCUGAAUUUGAUCAAGUGCUGUUGGAAGAUAGGAAAACAAAUAGACUGGAAGAAGCGAGAGAUAUAUUUGAUACUAUUAUCAAUAACGUCAUCUUCAUUGGAGUUUCAAUUAUACUGUUUUUAAAUAAGUAUGAUUUAUUAGAAAAAAAGGUAGCGAAUCCUGAAACAGACAUCCGCUGGUACUUUCCACAAUUCAAGGGAAAUUCCCAUUCGAUGCAAGAUGUCCAAGCGUUCAUCCUUACGAUGUUCACAGCCAUCAAGCGGGAUCCAAAGAAACCUCUUUAUCACCAUUUUACCACCGCGGUUGAUACAGAGAACAUUAAGGUGGUGUUCAACUCCGUCAAAGACACAAUCCUCCACAGAAAUUUGGAAAUUUUGAUGCUUCAGUGAGAGUUGCGGAAAAUUAGAUUCACUAGGCUGUGUUCGAUGCAACAUAGAUUUUAUUAAGACUGAUUUAAAGUGGAUUUCUCAUUUUUUUUAAAUGUUGGACACCUAUAACAUUUUUUUAUUUUAAAAUGAACGGAUUCGAAGAAAAUAACGCAUCACUUCCCAAUGAAAAUAGUAUACGUAAUUAAAAUUUACGUAAUUCGUUUAUGGCGUUUAAACAGUUAUUAAAAGAUCCUAUAAAGUCGCCCGAAACUUUUUUUCAUGACAUCAUAGUCCCCGUUUUAGAAGUUCAUUGUUUUUCCAAACAUUUAUGAAUGGAAAUGAUCCGAUAUAUAAACAGUUUUACGACCGAUAUAAAAAAGAAACAAAUACAUUCCUGUUAUAAUUAGUUUCGGUGAAAAAUUUCGUGUUGCUUUCCAAUUUUUUUCCAAGAAAAUCCGGAAAAACCAAAAUAAUAAUCAUAUCGUGCCUGAUUUGCAGUAUGUUUAAUAACAUUUAUCAAUACUCAAAAUACAUUAUUUGGUCUUUCGACCUUCUAUUCGACCCUUCGAGCCUUCUAAUUGUAUUAUUUGGUCUUUUGAGCCGGUUAUAUAACAUAUGGAAGGUUAGAAAUAUCAAUAGAGUGAUUAUAAAGUUCAAAGGACCAAAUAGCGCCUGAUUUGCAGUAAAAAAUUAAAUACAUCGUUUAUUACUCUUCACUGAUGAUCAAAAUUAAUCAUUUUUGGUCCUUCAAGCCUCUAAUUAAACUUUUUGGUCUUUUGAGCCGGAUAUAUACCAUUUAGAAUGCUAGAAGGAUCAAAUAGUGUAAUUAGAAGGCUCGAAGGGCCAAAUAUCACCUGAUUUGCAAUAUAUUACUGAAUUAUACAUCGUUUAUUACCCUCAAUUGAUGAUAGAAAUUACAUAAUUUCGUCCUUCAAGGACUAUUAUUAUGGUAUUUUCUUUGGGAAAUGCGUUAUUUUUGCUUCGAAAAAUUAUUUUGUGGGUGGUACGAAGUUUAUUUCCACUAAGGAAUGACCAAAGAUAUUGUUUCUCAGCUUGAUUUCACCAGCUUGAUGAAAUUUUGCGAAAUGUAUUUUUAUUUGUAUUUAAUUGUAAAUGUAAAAAUGUAUGAAAAUUCACCUUUAGAUUUAUAUCGUUUUUAAAGUGGACACUUUAUAAAUAGUCUAUUUUUAAAAGUCUUCAGAAACAGCUCCGAUUUUGAUUAUUUUUUCAUGUAUAUUUUCCACAAUUCAGUUUUAUCUAUAUUUUUGUAAAAAAGAAAUGAAUUGCUAUGAAUUAGUGGACCAUAUGCAUAGUUUAUAUCUAAUUUGAGUAAAAUGUGACCUAGGAAGUGUAUGUUUCAUAAUUUUGACAUAUAUGUCAUCAUUCCUUUUGAUUUUGGUCAUUAAAGUGUGAUGUUUUGUACUAUUCGCCUUCGUUGGAACUGGAACAUAGUCCUACUUCAUAUUUGUAGUUAUUUGGAUUGCGGCCUUGUAAAUAUCAUUUUGUCUUACUAUACAUCAUAGUUGAUGCUAAAAUUUGAUUUUUUUGCUGUUAGAUGGUAAAUUGUGACUUCAUAUUUGAGAUUGUUUUUUUCAAAAUAUGAAACCAUCAGUGUCUUUUUCUCAAUUUUGACAAAACUGUUACUAUUUCAUUGGACUCUGUCAUCUAAAAUAUAAUUUUAUCUUACCUUACACAAUUGGUACUCCUAAAAUUCGAUUUUUUUGCUGUUAAAGGGUAAAUUGUAGCCAGAUUGUAUAUUUGAGGUUUGUUUUUCAAAACAUGAACCCAGAAGAGUCUUUUUCACAAUUUUGACAAUUUGUUUCCAUUUCGUUGGUUUGUGGCCUCUAAAAUCUGAUUUUGUCUUACUAGUUGCUGAUGAAAUUUGAUUUUUUUAACCAGUUAAAUACUGGAACAUAGUCCUACUUAAUAUUUAAGGUUGUUGCUUUCGAAUUAUGAUUACAGAAAUGCCUUUUUCACAAUACACCAUAGUUGACACUAAAAUUCGAUUUUUUUGCUGUUUAAUGGUUUUUUCCUAAAUAUGAUCCCAGCAGUGUCUUUCUCAUAAUUUUGACAAAUCUGUCACAAUUUCGAUGGAUUCUGGCCACAGUUGCUAAGCCAUUCGACUAACACAAUUGCAGUCAAGAAAAGGAUUGAUAUCAAAAUUGUAGCUUCUAUACAGUCUAAACACUCUAUUGUCUAUUUCAUCCCAAUUUUAGACAAAAAGUUAUGGUUUCCUUCUCUAAGCCAUGUAGAUGUGUCUAGCGAAGCUUUAGUACCAAUUUUGGACAUUAUUUGUUCCAAAUGACCAUUGUCAUCCCAAUGGAUUACCAUUUUCAGUAUAUGGAUUUUAUUGAAGAUUAAUGAUUGGUAUGACCAGAAGGAUUACCAUUUUUAGAUUAUUAAGAUACUAUGAUUAAUUUGAGAAUUUUUGUAAAAAAGAGCAGAAAAUAGAGAAGAACAAAAUUAUUCGUUAUAAAAACACUAGUUAUAAAUAUAUAUAAAAAAUUUUUAAAAAAAUUAUCAAAAUUUGAGUUGAUUCUAAGAAAAAACUAUUGAAUUGAUUUGUUCUCUACAUCAAACAUAUUUUAAUACAUGUAGUUGAAAUUUAUGAAAAAUUAUUCGAAUCUUUAAAAAAAAGCACAAUUAAGAUUUGCCUUAAUAAAUUACUAAUAAUUGUAAAUAAAUAUUUGUAAAAAAAUUAUUUUCAUAAGAAUUUACUGCGAUAGUAUUAUCUACAGCUGUGAAAAUGCUCUUCCAUAUUUUUUUUGAAUAUAUAUUGAAAAUGAGCAGCUUUUGAUACCAGAUUAUACUGUACCUACCAUAUACACUUUUGGAAACAUUAAUCAUUAUAAUUUUUUUUAAAUUAAUGUGAGGAUUAAUCUUUGACUUAAAGUUACUUGAUCUGCUAUUUAUCUUGUUGUCUCUAACAAAAAAAGUGUCAAAACAUCUAUUAAGACUAAGAACAACUAGUAGUAGUUUUUGAUUCGCUUUCUUAACAAUCAUUUUCCAAAAAUUCGUGCAUUUCCGUUGUCAAAUUACUGUUUGAUUCGUUUAUUUAAGAAUUGAUCAUUAAAAGGAUCUGAUUUUUCAUAAACAAAUUCUGUAAAAAUCAUUUUUGAACCAUAAAGGCAUCGAAAAUUAUUUUCAGUUCUUUUUGAGUCAUCAAAAGGAGUAAAGAUCCUUUUAGAUGUUUUACCACUUCCUUGCUCAAAAUUUACUCACAAACAUGUUAUUAGUAAACAUUGAUUUCCCUUACAAGGAAAAUUAUUCAAUUUAAAAAACUACCCUGUUUAGAUGGUCAUCAAAGUUUAAUGAAGAAAUCCUUUGUUUUAUUACUUUUUAAUAUGAUCCUUUAAUGGGAUAAUCAAGUAAUAUUAGUCAUUAAACCUAUAGUGACGCAAAAACAACUACUUUAUAUUUAUUAUAUUUUAUAGUACGAGGGUUAUUCGAAAAGUUGAGAUAUGUUUAUUUAUAAAACAACAAAUUAAACUUCUAAUGUAUCUAUUAAUUUAUAUAUUUUGUUUCUUACUGGUUCUUGUUUAAAUCUUCUUUUUUUCGGUUUAAGUGCAAUAUCUUCUAUUGUAUAGAUUUCUUUUUUUUUGGUAUGGGUGUAUUUCUUCAACCCAUGAAAAUAUCAAAGAAAAUAUAGUUCAAUUAGACGUUUUUUUGCUGGAUCGUGUAUAAGCACCUUAAACAAUAAGAUAAUUCAUGAAAUGCUACGAAAUAAUCCUGGUAAUUCCAUAUUUUAACGGAACAGAGUAAUUACGGUGCAUUUAUAAGGAUAAUAUGAUUUUUUUUACUGGUUUUUUUCCUGAUCAUGUGAAUACACACUUAAACAAUUAGAUAUUUUAUAAAUAAGAAUAAAAUAUGUAAAAAAUUACUUUGAUACGAUAACAAACGUUAUGAUAUUUUCACAAGAAGAAACUAAAAAUGGAAUUAAAUAAAAAAUAGACGUUUUCUUACCGGAUCUUGUAAGGGCAUCUCAAAAAAUUAGAUAUUUCAUAGAAAAUAGAAAGAAAAAGUAGAACACUUUGGUACGAUAAAAUUCAGAGAGAAACUUUGCGUGGAAAAUAGAAAGUAAAAGUAAAAGAUUACUUUUGUACAAUAAAAGCGUUAUAUUUUCACAUAAAGAAAUGAAAAAUAAAUUUAGAUAAAAAAAUAUACGAUUUUUCUGCCGAAUUGUGUAACCGCAUCUGACAAAAAUAGAUAUUUUAUGAAAAAUAAUGUGAAAUGUAGAAGAACACUCAGUACAUCACUUUUCAGAUCAUGGAGAAACUUGUACUGAAAUAGUUUCAUAAUAUCAUGUUUUUUCCAGCCUUAUUCCUCGAUAGAACUAUUUUGAAACAUUCAAGAUAUUUUUGCCAAACUUUUCUACCCGUCGGCUUGAUGUUCAGAACAUUAAACUCAAUUUCAGUGCUUCUUUUUACUUCAUUUUAAAAAGUCUUUCUUAUUUCAAUCUAAUCCUUUGAAUUAUCAUUCAAAUUACAGAAUAUUUUUCUGUAUAAUUUUUCCUUGGCACAUGGAAUUUUUUAACUUCUUUAGAGUACUAUGACUGAUGUCGUUUGAUCGUCUUUGUUUACCACUUUCAUUUUGAGCCACGAGAAGAUCUGUUCGACUAAAUUUUUUUAAUUUGCUGAUUUAUGGCAAUUUAGGGGCUCUGAAUCAGUUUACUCACAAAUUUCGUCACUUUGAUGUUUCGUAAAUAUUUUACCAAAUUUUUUCUAUCUAAUGGCCAAAUAUUGUUAUUUGUAACAAAAUACAAAAAUACCUGCAGUAACAGUUUAGAUCACCAACCUUAAAUUUUUUUUUACAAAAUGGCUUAAUAACAUACUGGGAUUAUUAGUUUGAAUUAACAAUUUUUAGGGCGUCCUUGUAUGUUUGAGAUGACCAAUUACUCAGGGAUUAGUAGAGUCACAAUAAUAUAUUAUUGACUUUUGUUUGAACUUUAGUAUUUUGUAAAAUGGAUAGAAUUUGUUAUAUUUGUUUCCAAAAGAAACGCCAAAAUUAUUCAUUCCAAAAAAAAUAUUAGAUUUUUAUUUAUUUUAAAUUAAUUAAUUAAUUAAUUAACCUGAAAUUUCUUUGGUUUAUAAUUUCAAAUGUAAAAAAAGAUAUUCUGUAAUUUGCAUUUCAUCGUAAUACAUAGUGUACAAAUUGUUUAUUAAAUUACUAUAUAU